AGUGUUGGAUGAAACACAUAUCAGCUACUCCUCUAUUGCUCUCUACAGAAGAAACCCUACACAGAAGAGAAGCCUCCUCAACCGGAAUGGACCUUUCCACUGCGGAGGAAGCUCCAUCAGACGGCGGCGUAGUGGCUGAGAAAACAGCAGAAGAGCUGGUGGCGAAAGCCAUUGCCCCCGUGAAGAAGGAGUUUCUUCGUCCUCCGCCCAUCAGACCUUCCACCAGUAACCACCUCACCAACGCUGUCGCUUCAAAUUCAAAUUCAAACUCAAACUCAAACCUUCUCAAGGAGAAGAAAUCUAAAAGACAACUCAAAAGAGAGCGCCUUCAGGAAAAGAAAUCUGCGCUACAUCUCUGUCCCGAGGUUGCAAGAAGUGGAGAUGUUACUUCAUGCCCUUACAGUGAUAAGUGCCGCUUCAGCCACGAUGUAGAAGCCUUCAAGGCUCUGAAACCAGCUGAUAUACAGGGAGACUGUCCUUUCUUGAGCACUGAAGGACCAUGUCCUUAUGGUAUGGCAUGUAGAUUUUCAAGUACACAUAAAGAUGAUUUUACUGCUGAAGCUUUGAAUGGUCAGAAGAAAAGCUCCGAGAUGAAUGGUUUGAACAAAGAUGUCCAGAAGCUUCUGUGGAAAAACAAAAUGAAGUUUCCCAAGGCUGAUGCUCAACUAAAACUUCUUGGCCUUCUGGUCAAGAUGAACUCAAAACACGAAAAGUUAUCAGAUAAGGAGGAAAGUGAUCAAACUACUUCAAAUGGGUCUCCUGCUACUGAAGUUAACAGUUGUGAAGUGGCCGGUAACUCAAAUAAUAAUGUGGAUAACCCUCCACAACUGCCAGAGAAAGAUGAUUGUGCAGAUGGUACAUUUGCUUCUGAUGAACUUAGACCACUGAAAAAAGCAAAAUCUUCAGCAGAUGAAAAUCAUAGUUCUAAUGAAUUAAAUAAUGGUGACAGUGUCCUGGCGAAAGAUGUUGAGGAAAGCUGCCCUCAAGCGGAAUCAGGAACUACAACUGACUGUAUUCCGGCAGAAACUGAUGGAAGCCUAAAAUUACACCCACGUGAGAAGAAGCUUAUUGAUUUCAGAGAAAAGCUAUAUCUUGCACCCUUGACCACAGUUGGGAAUCUUCCUUUCCGAAGGGUUUGCAAGGUGUUAGGAGCUGAUGUAACAUGUGGUGAGAUGGCAAUGUGCACAAAUCUCUUGCAGGGUCAGGCUUCAGAAUGGGCGCUGCUUAGACGUCAUUCAUCUGAGGAUUUGUUUGGGGUUCAGAUAUGUGGGGCAUAUCCUGAUACUGUUACACGAGCUGUUGAACUUGUUAAUCAGGAAUGUACAGUGGACUUCAUUGAUAUCAAUAUGGGUUGCCCAAUUGAUAUUGUUGUUAACAAGGGUGCUGGAUCAGCUCUUCUUACAAAACCAAUGCGGAUGAAAAGCAUUAUACAAGCAGCUUCUACUACAGUUGACAGACCUAUUACUGUUAAGGUACGAACAGGUUAUUUUGAGGGAAGAAGACGCAUUGAUUCGUUAAUUGAAGAUAUUGGACAAUGGGGAGCCAGUGCAGUAACGAUACACGGGCGAUCGCGUCAGCAACGGUAUAGCAAGCUUGCUGAUUGGGAAUACAUCUACCAGUGUGCAAGAAAGGCCCCUGAUACUUUGCAAGUCCUGGGGAACGGUGAUGUCUUUUCAUAUUUAGACUGGAAUCAGAACAAGUCCAGUUGCCCUGAACUUUCUACAUGUAUGAUUGCUCGAGGUGCAUUAAUUAAGCCUUGGAUAUUUACUGAAAUGAAGGAGCAGAGAACUUGGGACAUCAGUUCUGGAGAACGUUUAAAUAUUUUAAAGGAUUACAUACGUUUUGGGCUAGAACAUUGGGGCUCUGAUGCUAAAGGUGUGGAGACAACUCGGUACUUCUUGUUGGAAUGGCUUAGUUACACACACAGGUACAUCCCCGUUAAUCUUUUGGAUGUUAUCCCACAACGACUGAAUUGGCGGCCACCCUCGUACUUUGGUCGUGAUGAUCUCGAGACUCUAAUGGCUUCAGAGUCUGCAGCUGAUUGGAUUAGGAUAUCUGAGAUGUUACUUGGCAAGGUUCCUGAUGGCUUUACAUUUACACCGAAGCAUAAAUCUAAUUCUUAUGACAGAGCAGAAAAUGGCUGAUUUUGUGUGUCACAUGUGGUGGUUGUGGUGAACAUGAUACUAGUUCUUGUUUCACCGAAAUGGUUCUUGCACUCUCAGCUCACUAUGGCGUUUAUGUGGAUGCUGAUAUUGGACCCGGGGCUGGGCAUGCAUGCUGCUUGAUUAUGUUCAUGGAGCGAUGAAAAUGAGCGAGUUUGUUACAAUAACAUUGACAUUGUAGUGCGAAUUGAGGCUUUGUGGACAAGCGGUUUUUAAAUAUAAAAAAUCACGGAGAUGCUAUUCAUUGAGAAUGAAAACAAACUACUGUAUUCAGAUGAAAUUAUUGUUGAAAUUUAUGCUUAUUUGUUCAGGAAGAUGCCAUUGGUAGAAAAUGAAAGCAAAGAACUGUUAUUCAGAUGAA